GAGCGUAAACCCCACCCAUUGACGAAGGGAAAGACAGACAGACAGACAGACAGAGAGAAAGAAGGAAGGGAGAACGCGAGGUAGAGAGAACUACUCGGUGACAACAAACGAGGCGGUGUGUUAUCAUACGGUAUUCAACAAGCGGACACGGAGACGAGCACAAAGGCAGGGGGCAGGCUGGUUUUUUUUUCGGCAGUCAUUCAAAAAAAUCAUCAUUAUAAUAAUAAUAAAAAAAGAAAUAAAACUAGAGUGCCAAGAUGAUCGCUUUAUUUAACAAACUGCUGGACUGGUUCAAGGCUCUGUUUUGGAAGGAGGAGAUGGAACUGACGCUGGUGGGGCUCCAGUAUUCGGGAAAGACCACCUUUGUCAACGUGAUUGCGUCGGGGCAAUUCAGUGAGGAUAUGAUUCCAACCGUGGGAUUCAACAUGAGGAAAAUCACAAAGGGAAAUGUGACUAUCAAGCUCUGGGAUAUUGGCGGCCAGCCUCGAUUCCGGAGCAUGUGGGAGCGCUACUGCCGAGGAGUCAGCGCCAUCGUGUAUAUGGUGGAUGCAGCUGACCCGGGUAAGAUUGAAGCCUCUAAGAAUGAACUGCACAACCUGUUAGACAAACCCCAGCUGCAGGGCAUCCCUGUCCUAGUUCUUGGGAACAAGCGAGACCUGCCUGGUGCCUUGGAUGAAAAGGAGCUCAUCGAGCGAAUGAACCUGUCUGCGAUCCAGGAUCGGGAAAUCUGCUGUUAUUCCAUCUCCUGCAAGGAAAAGGACAACAUUGAUAUCACACUACAGUGGCUCAUUCAGCACUCUAGGACCCGGAGGAGCUGAGGCCUGGACAUCUCGGACCUGCCAUAUUCUACCCUGACCUCUCGCCAUCAUUCUUAAAUAUCCCCAUGUCCCCCUGAGGUCAACAAGCCUGUUUUUUUGUUCUUGUAAAGAGGGUUUACGCCUUCAUUUGCACUGUUUAUUAUAAUGAUUAGUAUUAUUAUGAUUAAUAUUAUUAUUAUAAAAUAUUUACGAUUUUAUUUUUGAGCAUUAAUUGUGAGGCUAAUUUUUAAUUCCAAACCUGAUGGUGUUAAUGAUAUUACUGGAGCUGUCAUCUAAUCUAAAUCGUGCAGAAUAGGCCAUGCCAUGACAUUUUCGCCCAUGUCUUUGGAGAAGUGGUGUAACCUGCCUGUGUUGGAGAAGCAUGCUCCGUGUAGCUGCUUCAUACGUGCAUUUCAAGGGCUGUUUCUUAUUUAUUAUUUUCCAAACUGUCACUGGCAUCUCUUGAUGUCCCUACAGUGACGUAAGGACCAGGGAGGAGAAAUCCGGAUCAUUAUUUUCCUAUCCUGGUUGAUUUUAAUACAUUUUAAUGCAGAGCGAAAGAUUAAUAUAUUAGUCAGUGUGUUCUGUCCGAUUCAAAAGUAUACAUUCCAGGGGCUUGAGGUCUGAGUGUCGCUCGUAAAAGGAAUUUAUCAGAGUGCCAGUAAUGGAAAGAAUCCAGGAUUCUCCAUUGAAGCAUAUCAACUCUGAAUUGUAUUCCUGGAACAGUAGUUUGUAAAAUAUCUGUUGCCCCUUUCUCUUUCCUAUGUGGAGAUCAAACAGCCUGGGGGAGUAAUGUACUGUACAGUAGGAAGGAGCAAGCUGUAUAUUAAUGUAUUGAUGAACUGUGGCUCUGACGUGGGGAACGACCUGCAGUGAAACCACAGGGGAUCUGGAGUAGAGAGGCAAUUUCGUGACCCUUUGUGGCACAGGAGUCUAUCCAAGGAAAGGGAUGAUAUACCUCCUAGGAAAGGGUUCUUGUUGAGUCACCUUGAGUGAGCUUGCGGGUUCUUGCAUUUCACACUACAACUGCAGGAUUGCUGAAGAUAUCUCUGAAUAUCUUGACAUGGCUUUUUGAUUUCUUAAAUCUGUUUUGAAAAGCUUGAAAUGUGGCUGGGAUCAUCAGGGCAUGCUCCUCCAACUCACUACAGCCCUGAAAUCUGAACCACCCUCUUGCGAGGUACAAAAGAAAAUGAACUUGUUUAAUUAAAUAAACAUGGGAAGGGUGCACCCGCUUUGUUUAUUCUUUUCGUCGUAAUUCUCUGCGUAAUAUUUUGAACACCAACCUUGUUAGUUUGGUGAGCCUUUUACUGAAGAAUAAUCCUUCUCUCAAAUAGGCCAUUGCUGCCAUCUACCCUGUUGUAGCAGCUUAAAGAUCCUGCACAGAAGAAAGCUGUCGUCUGUGCAGGACUGCCCUUAUCAAACCUGGAGUGCUCCUGGUCUAACUGUUAACUGAAACAAUACUGGCCAGUACUUGCUGUAGUCUUGCACCAGCUGUUUAUGUAUUGCAUGCACAGCUACAUACGUGUUUUAUCAAACACUCCAUUUCUUAAUGCUUAUGAACUGAGCUUGUAUUUUAAUCCCCAGGACAGCCUCUGUACUAGCUUUGUGUGGAAUAACGUUAUCGGUCCCGUUCACUGCUAUGAGACUGGUGAUGUCUGGUCCAGAUCGGAGGUCUUUCAGGAUCUUAAGACUGCACUAAAUUAAAAUAUCAAACUACUGAGCUCUCAAAGCAAACCAAGGUUUAAACUUGUAACAAAUGCAGACCGUCAUUGCAUUUUAAUCUUAGAGCAGGUAUUCUUAGAACAGCUUCAGAGAAGUACCGAAUAAAAGCUGUCGGAGAAGGAUGCUUGUGGCCCUCAGCAGUUUUAGCAGCGUAACAUAACUGAAAUGAUCUUCUGUAAUGCUUUCCAUUUAUUUUCCGCGAGUGUGGUGGAGCAGAAUUCAAAUUGAACCUGUCUUACAUCGUUCCAGAACCAGCAAAGAACUAUCUGAUCUCGUUCCGUUACUUCAUUCAUCUCCAAACCAAAAACCACCUCAGAUUACUUUUCUAACAGUGAGUCACAUGGCCUUUCUAUCACUGUCACCUUCAUGUUUCAGUUGUUACACUGCUUAAAAAUGUUGUGUUUUUGUAUGUACUUUCCCAUUACGUGUGGUACUGAAGCCAACAUUUGGGUCUAUGUUGUAGCUUCUAAGUAAGUGAGAGCAACGACAAAUUCAUGAGAACCACCACCGUUUGCCAGCUCCUGAUUUUAUUUAAGAACUCGGGACAGUCAAAGCCUGUAAGAAACACUGUCUCUCUUUUAUCUGUUGCCUUUGUUUGUUUCUCUCUUCUUGUUUUGCAUGUGUAUCAUAUUUAAAAGCAUCUUUAUUAAAAACUUGCAAAACAAACAACAACAAAAAUAUGGUCAAAUCUUAUUUUGCUAGGUACUGAAUAACAGUAUGUUAUGGUAAAUAAUAUGUAUAUGUGUUUUUUUUUUAUGUUAAUAAAUAAAUUGUGUUUUUGAUGGA